GUACGGAUCGGAUAGUUACCUAUUCUAUUGUAGGUAAUCCAGCGCCCGGCAUAGCCACAACCGGGCGAAAUAUAGUAAAAAAGCACUCUGUAUAGUAUGGUAUGUGGUAACUAUACUCUGCUUCAUGUUCUUUCAAGUUAGGCGAGAGGGCUCAUGUGGUAUAUAAGUUGGAUCCAUCCUACCGAGUUGGUCUCAUUCUUUCUAUUCAUUCAGUCUCUAUCAACCAAACUUAUAUAUAAUUCAUUCUAUCGCUGUUGGUUGACACUGAACCCUGAUAAAUAUUGUAUCGUUUCUCCAUCUAUUCGCCUUGACUUUUGUGUCUACUUUACAUCUAUAUCUAUCCAUCCAUCCACCCAUCCACCCAUCCGUCCACCUAUCGGUAUAGAUAGAUAGAUAUAUAGCAGUACCCUUCCAUUCCACCUCAGAAUGUGUUUCAACGACUCGCGAAACCGUCAAUACGCCGUUCCGUCCCGCCCAGUGGACAUCCGAUACAACACCCAAUCCAACUCUAAUAUCGGAUACGGUCGAAAACCGGAUAUGGUGGUGGAGGAGGAGAUAGCGGCGGCGGUGGUGGUGGUCACGGCGGUGGACAUGGAGGAGCCAGUGGAUGCGGAGGCGGCGGCGGCGGAGGAUGCGGAGGAGGAGGUGGAGGAAGCUAAAUAA